GCGAGCCUUCGGAGGACACCAGCGAGCUGUCCGAAGAGGAGGAGGAACAGCCAGUAGACAAGCAAAGUGUUCUUCAAGUGGCCAUGAAGGAAUUGGUCAGAAGCACCGGCCAGAACAGACUCGACGACCUCACGGUUCGGCAGGUCGCCUACGUUCUUGCCCUUGUCACGCCGUGGGUUUUACCUUCCGAUCUGGUUGAAAUAGGAGGCCAAUCCGAGUCUUGCUUGCAAGCUUGUUGCGAUUCCCUCCUGCAUUCUUGUAACCCCCCCCCCCCCGAAGCUGGUUGCCUAAGCUUCGAAUAUUUGCGAGCCAUCCAAGUUGCCAAGGAGCAGCUGCUCAUGGAGAGCAUGACUAUGCACCGUCGCCAGAAGAACAAGGAGAUGCAGAGCUCGUGCCUGGAGAAGGCCAAGGCAGCUGGACGCAUCUGGCAGGACAGGAUGUCCUCGUUGAUCUACCUUCGUGCCUUGUCCUAA